AUGAAAUAUUUAUAUGUGAUUAUUGCUAUUUCAUGCGCUUUAUUAAACAAUACGAAUGCUUAUCAACAUGACUUGGUUGAACCUAUAGACAAACCUUUUGUGGAAAAUUAUGAAUCCAAAGAAUUAAGUUUUUUAACUUUUGGUGAUUGGGGCUUUGCAGGAGUUGAAGUGGGACAGGAGGAAGGAAAUCAAAAUAAAGUUGCCAAAGCCAUGGCAAAGUGGAGUGAACAAUAUCAUAGUAAUUUUGUUUUAAGCGUUGGAGAUCAUGAAGGUGUUUCAAGCGUAUAUGAUACAAAAUGGGAAAAGGUCUGGAAGAAUGCAUAUCAAGGAAGAUUAGCCAAGAUUCCUUGGUACAAUGUAGCCGGAAAUCAUGAUUGGUACGGCAAUAUUACAGCUCAGAUUGAUUAUAGCUUGAAUUUUGACUCUCGAUACUUCUUCCCAUCUGCAUAUUUUGUUCGUGAAUCAUAUUUUG